UUUUUACAAACCCUCACAGUCGCAGUCGAGAACCGUUACCGUUGCUCAUGGAUGAUCCCUCUACUCCCACCGCAGGUCCUUCAAGAUUAACCCCACCACUAUUAUCAAAGACAGACACGACUCACAAACGUCGGAAAAAGAAAUCAAAAUCGAAGAAUUCUUCGGCAAUUACUACCGAGACUAGCACACCCAUACCGUCUACCCCAGAUCCUAAAGGAAGCGUAAUCCCAAAUUCGGAGGGAGACAGGACACGGAAGAGGAAGAGGCAAAGCAAGGAAAAAGAAGAGAAGCCUUCGACUGGCGGGAAUAGAACAGGAAAACCAGAUCUCGAGGGAGAACAGGUUGGCUUCAAGGUCAAGGGCGCGGCAGAGGCAGAGUUUAUUGCUCUUGUGGAUUCAGACAAAGGCGAAUACGAGGGAUCUACGUAUGCUGCGAGCUCUUCUAGGAAGGGAAAAGAGAAAGAGAAGGAGAAUCCUGUGGAAGGGGGACGUGACCGACGAAGUCGUCGUGAUCGUGAUCAUGAUAGGCGGCGGAAGCGCAGUCGUAGUAGGAGUCGGAGUAGAGAACGAGAUAGGAAGAGAAAACAUCGUGAACGGACGCCAGAACGAGAAUGGGAUCGUGGAAAGCGGCGGGAACGUAGUAGAGAUCGUGACCGCGACCGUGAACGAGAGAGGGAAAGAAAUAGAAACAGACAUCCUCCCCCUGGGCCAAGAUCUUCGAGUUCUAGAAAAACACCUUGGUUGGAAGGGCUGGAUUUUGACCAUUGUAAGAAUGUCGCUGAAGUGUUACACACGGAGGUAGAAGCGUUCACGAAAUACAUUUCUCCGUCUGCUGUUGAAGAUGAGAUUCGACAAUUAAUCGUUGAUAUGGUGUCGAGCGCGAUCAAGUCGAGGUACCCCGAUGCGCAAGUCCAUCCUUUUGGAAGCUACGCUACGAAGCUGUAUCUACCCACUGGCGACAUAGACCUCGUUGUCUUAUCCGAAACGAUGGCAGACCAGAUGUACCACAACAAACACCACGUCCUGCGUCUUCUCGCAGAUGUCAUGCGGCGCAAAGGCAUCGCGGACAACAUCCAGAUUGUUGCAAAGGCCAAGGUUCCCCUUGUCAAGUUCGUCACACGUUUAGGAGGCGUACCUGUGGACAUUAGCAUUAACCAGCCGAACGGUGUGGGUGGGGCGAGAAUUAUUAAUGGGUUUUUGCGGGAUAUGCAUGUUGGAGGUGGGGGGGUUGAAGCGCCAGGACCAUCUUCGUCGUCUAGCUCUCUUCCUGCGCCGUUACCCAUCGACCAUUUGCCUAACGGCGGUAGCGUGGCGUUGCGAUCCCUUGUCCUCGUAGCGAAGAUGUUCCUUGCCCAACGAGGCAUGAACGAAGUCUACACUGGAGGCCUGGGCUCAUACUCGAUCGUCUGUCUCGUCAUAUCCUUCUUGCAAAUGCAUCCCAAAAUCCGGCGUGGGGAGAUAGAUCCCGACAAGAAUCUUGGGGUGCUGCUCGUGGAGUUUUUUGAAUUGUAUGGCAAGUUUUUCAACUAUCAGAACACGGGGAUUAGUAUUCGAGAUGGUGGGACGUAUUUUGGGAAGAGGCAGAGGGGGUGGGUGGUAGAGUGGAAGACGGGGUUGUUGUGUAUUGAGGAUCCUGCUGAUUAUACGAACGAUAUAUCUUCGGGCUCUUAUAACUUUCCGAAGGUCAAAGCUACGUUUGCCGGUGCUUACGAGAUUUUGAGGACGACGCUGUAUAGAAAAUCGGAGAUUUUGAGUUCUCGAGUGUCUGGAACGGCUGUUCGGUUAAGAGAUGAGUAUAGGCCUGAAGAUUUGGGUGUUCUUUCAUAUAUUUUGGAUGUCACACAGGACAUAAUCAAUCAACGAAGGGUGGUACAGGAAGUGUAUGAUCAACGAACAUUGCACAAAGCGCUCGGUGUCAAUCCUCGUCCGGUUGUUGUCACAACGACCACGAGCACGACCAGGAAUGGUGACGAGAUAAAUGGAGAGGCAAAUUUAGUCGGCCAGUCAGCUCGAGCUGUUGCAACAAAAGUCUGGAGUGUGUCUUCCGAUUCCGAUGACGACGAUAUCGUCUACCUUGGUAGCUCUAAGGGUACAGCAAAAGAAGAGGACGAGGAGGGUGGCCGCUAUGAUAUCGGACGCCGCAGCAGUCAGCCCCCUAAGAAACGGAAGAAAUUGGGGAACAGCCACUCACGGAUGGUAUUUGUUAUUGAUGAAGAUGCAGAUGCAGAUGAUGGUGAGAGUGUGAAUUUGGAUUCGGAUGCAGAAUACGAUUUGCAGUUUGACCCUGCGGAAGGGGAUAUACCUGGCUCGAAGCCGCCUUCCUCACAAACACAAACCAAUGGUGACAAACGAUCGUAUUGGUUGUCGAAAGGGAUAGGACCUGGAGGUGGUUGAGAUGUGGUCGAGCGUCUCAGAAACAGUGUAGAUCUGUUCUCAUGCUUACUGUACACUAGAUGGUAACAAUGAUCUAGCAUUUGCAAAAC